CAGGCAGAAGUCGAAAGGGCUCAAAGGAGGAACAACUGCCCAAACCAGUGCCAGAAGAAGGUCUGGAUCAGACACCAUGGGGGCCACAAUGGGCCCGGUUCUACACUGGCUCCAAGAUGUAGCAGCUGUGACUCUCCUCAGAGCCCGGCGGAAUCUAUUUCAGGCUGCCAUCCUGUUAAUUGUCCUGGUUCUGCUGCUUUUGGUGUCCGUCUUUCUCUAUGGAAGCUUCUAUUACUCGUACAUGCCCACUGUGAGCUUCUCCAACCCUGUGCACUUCUACUACACGUCUGAUUGUGAUGCUUCAGAGUCAGCACUCUGUUCAUUCCCCACGGCAAACAUCUCUUUCAUGAAGAACGAGAGGGACCUAGUGAUGUCUUACGGUCAGCCUUAUCGAGUGUCUCUGGAGUUAGAGAUGCCCGAGUCUCCAGUGAAUGAACGCCUGGGUAUGUUCAUGGUCAAGAUGUCUUGUUACACCAAGGGUGGAAAGAUUCUGUCAUCAGUUGGUCGAUCUACAACAUUGCAUUACCGCUCCAGCAUUCUGCACAGCCUGAGAACUUUACUGUUCUCUCCUUUCUUUCUGACUGGGACGGCUGAGCAAAAGCAGCUCAUAGAGGUUGAGCUCUUCUCAGACUACAAGACAAAUGCUUAUCAACCCCUUGUUGGUGCAGUCAUUGAGAUCCAGUCCAAACGAGUGCAGAUCUACUCAUCUCAACUCCGUAUCCAUGCUUUCUUCACUGGUAUACGGUAUGUUCUGUACAACUUCCCCUUGACAUCUGCAGGGAUCGCCAUAGCCACCAACUUUGCCUUCCUCAGUGUCAUUGUGCUGUUCAGCUACCUGCAGUUCAUAUGGGGGGGGGGGAUCCGGCCUCCCCAGGUAUCGGGAGAUGAUACCUUCAACCAACAGAGGAGAGAGGAGGCUCGGAAAUGCACAGAGAAAGAAAACUGGCAGAAGGAACUUGGUGCUCCAGAGGUUGGAUCUGGCACUGAUACAUCUGGUUUCCAGGGAAAUGUCAUGGUGACGGAGCCGCCAUCAAAGAAGCCCUCAGAAAUCCCAGAUGCUUCUGGGGCUGAUGUGCCAGAUCCUAAAGAGAAAGGGUCUCAUGACCGCUCUCAUGAGGAGAAAGACGGCUCAGACGUGGUGGAUGGAGGCCAGCUGCCCCCCCAGGGUGAGACAUUCCUCCGACAGAGAUCUGGACCGUGGAGGAGCCUGGGAACUACGCCGCUGCACACAGUCAAAGCACCAGCAGUUUAAUAUGAUGUGGCAGAUGUUGAUUGACUCCAGCAAACCCACUGUUUGAGUCAACCUAAUACAGAUGCAUGUGAAUAUUAUACCUGUUUUAGCUAACACUUAUUGUAUGUUGUUAAAAACAGUUUACCUGAUUAUAACUUUGACCGUUUCUCAUUUCUGUCUGCUUAUUGUCUACAGUCUUAUGUUUUGAUGAUGCCUAUAGCAAGAUAUAUUACAUUUCAGCUCUGGCUUGUCUAACAGUAUUGCCUAGCAAAGUUUGGCAUUACCAUCAGUUUUAAAACUCCCUUUUAAAGUCAGUAAGUUGAACCUGCCCAUGUAUUUUGCUUCAAUGCCUGCAAGGUGGCAUUUUCUCACAACAUGACCAGCUUUCAACAGCUGGUGCACACAUCCUCACCCUGGGCCUUUUACAGAGCGGACGUUUAGCUUCUCAUCUUGGGAAAAACACAUUUGUUAUUAAUAGCACUGAGGAUGUCUCUGUUGUAUUUAUGUGUCCCAGUUAAAGUGACAGUGAGCCAGCAAGCACAAUACCAGGAGGCUGAAAUCAAAGCAGCUAAAUGAAUUCAGCCGUCACUGAUGUGUGUUUACACCUGGGCUUUUCCUACGGUGGCAGGUCGAUGUGUCUGCUGUGGAAAAGGCCCAUCCUCCCAGGAUCACACAAGCAGACAGUGACUCUCUUGAUUACUUGUUCAAACAUCAGAACACAUGAUUCUGGUAUUUAAUGUAUUUGCCACGGACUUGAAAUCAAAUUAAAAGUCGGUUUAUUGAUUUUCUAGAAUGUUUCACACCCUUUUAGAGGAAACACUCAAACAAGCCUUGUGAUUCUUUUUUUACAGAGGCUCUGCCAGAGCAAUUAGAUUUGGAAAAUGUGCCCAACACGAAUCUAGCCUGAGGGACAUAAGGAAUACGUUGCAUUCAUUAUUCCUUUUCAUCUUGCUAAUAGUGACGUUCUUUCCCAGUUUAAUGGCUGAUUUACAAGCCAUGGCAUAUUAACUUCAAGCUUCAACGCUUAUACAAACUUGGUGUUCCUUCCAUCAGCACCAUCUUACUUUGUAAUCAUUGUCUGUUACAGUGCAGUUUAAACACAGCAAUUUAAUGU